AUGCGGCAUGUGAUGCCAGGUUUAGUAGGCGAGACCCAUAGUGCUUUUGUGCAGGGCAGGAAAAUCCACGAUGGGACUUUGAUAGCGUGUGAAACUGUGCGUUGGUUAAAGUCCAGAAGAAGCUCAGCAAUUAUUAAACUGGAUUUUCAGAAGGCGUAUGAUCGGGUCAAAUGGAGCUUCGUUGACAUCGUUCUGCAGAAGAUGCGUCUACUGCGGUGCUUUGAGCUGAUGUCUGGGUUGAGUAUUAAUUUUGAGAAGUCAAGUUUCAUUCCGGUUAACUGUGACCAGCGAUGGACGCAGAAGAUGUGUUGCUUGCUGGAUUGUAAGGAGGCAGCCCUCCCUGUUUGGUACCUGGGCAUUUCAUUGGGAGCGAAUCCAAGGCUUGUGAAAACGUGGCAACCAGUGAUUGAUAAGGUGGAAGACAAGCUGAGCCUGUGGAAAGCAAAGAUACUCAAUAAAGCGGGUAAGCUGGUGCUCAUAAAAUCUGUCCUUAAUAGCUUGCCUAUAUACUAUCUGAGCUUGUACAAGAUGCCAAAGGCAGUAGCAGAGAAGUUGAUUUUCUUACAACGACGGUUCUUGUGGAGUAAAGAGGAUGGGAGGAUAGGGAUGCCACUAGUGAGGUAG